CGCUCAGUAGCUACUUCCGCCAGAAGUCCCCGGCUGCUCGGGCUCGGAUGCUGCUGCCCCGACGCCCGGUCCGUCUCCUCCGCAGCCCGCCCGUCAGACGCCGGUGGCGGCGGAGAGUGCAGGAUCUGGCGGGAAGCCGCCUCUGCGACCGAGUCCCAGCCAGCGGUGCGGAAGAGACUCCGGGAAGCGCCCAGGGCGGUGCCCGCAGGCCCUGACGCGCCCGCCCAGCCGGGGCGGGGCUCGACCUCCCGGGCCCGCCCAGCCGGGGCGCCGGGGCUGCGGCUUAACCGCCCGGCACCUGCGGGACUGGGCCUCCCGCCCCUGGGCUGCGCCCGACAUGGAGUUCGCGGAGCUGAUUAAGACCCCACGGGUGGACAAUGUGGUGCUGCACCGGCCUUUCUACCCCGCCGUGGAAGGGACCCUGUGUCUGACAGGCCACCACCUGAUCCUGUCUUCCCGGCAGGACAACACGGAGGAGCUCUGGCUCCUCCAUUCAAAUAUCGACGCCAUCGACAAACGAUUUGUGGGCUCUCUGGGUACUAUCAUCAUAAAAUGUAAAGAUUUCCGAAUCAUUCAGUUGGAUAUUCCUGGAAUGGAGGAAUGUUUAAAUAUAUCCAGUUCCAUUGAGGCAUUGUCCACUCUGGACUCGGUCACCCUGAUGUACCCUUUCUUCUACCGACCCAUGUUUGAAGUGAUUGAAGAUGGCUGGCAUUCUUUCCUUCCUGAGCAAGAAUUUGAGUUCUACUCCUCUGCUACCAGUGAGUGGAGACUGAGCUAUAUCAAUAAGGAAUUUUCUAUCUGCCCUUCCUACCCACCAACUGUCAUUGUGCCCAAGUCCAUCGAUGAUGAAGCACUUCGGAAGGUGGCAGCCUUCCGACAUGGGGGGCGCUUCCCAGUCCUGAGCUAUUACCAUAAAAAGAAUGGCAUGGUGAUAAUGCGAAGUGGUCAGCCCCUGACCGGCACAAAUGGGCGGAGGUGCAAGGAAGAUGAGAAACUGAUAAAUGCCACUCUCAGGGCAGGAAAGCGUGGCUACCUUAUUGACACCAGAUCCCUAAAUGUGGCCCAGCAAGCUAGAGCCAAAGGAGGUGGCUUUGAACAGGAGGCUCAUUAUCCCCAGUGGAGGCGGAUUCACAAGUCCAUUGAGAGAUACCAUGUUCUUCAGGAGAGCCUAAUCAAACUCGUGGAAGCAUGUAAUGAACAAACCCACAACAUGGACCGGUGGCUUGGCAAGUUGGAGGCCUCCAAUUGGCUGACACACAUCAAGGAGAUUCUGACCACCGCCUGCCUGGCGGCCCAGUGCAUUGACAGGGAAGGUGCGUCAGUGUUGAUCCAUGGGACAGAAGGAACUGAUUCCACACUGCAGGUGACUUCUCUGGCCCAGAUCAUCCUGGAACCAAGAAGCAGGACCAUCCGAGGCUUUGAGGCCCUGAUAGAGAGAGAGUGGCUGCAGGCUGGUCAUCCAUUCCAACAGCGCUGUGCACAGUCAGCCUAUUGCAGCAGCAAGCAGAAGUGGGAGGCCCCCGUGUUUCUUCUCUUCCUGGACUGCGUGUGGCAGAUCCUCCGGCAGUUCCCUUGUUCCUUUGAGUUUAAUGAGCAUUUUCUCAUCAUGCUCUUUGAGCAUGCUUAUGCCUCACAGUUUGGAACAUUUCUGGGCAACAAUGAAAGUGAAAGAUGUAAGUUGAAGCUACAACAGAAAACAAUGUCUUUGUGGUCAUGGAUCAAUCGGCCCAGUGAGCUGAGUAAAUUCACCAAUCCGCUCUUUGAAGCAAACAACCUGGUCAUCUGGCCUUCUGUAGCUCCACAGAGUCUCCAGCUGUGGGAAGGAAUCUUCUUACGCUGGAGCAGAUCCUCUAAGUAUCUGGAUGAAGCAUAUGAGGAAAUGGUUAACAUCAUUGAAUAUAACAAGGAGUUACAAGCCAAGGUCAAUGUCCUGAGAAGGCAGUUGGCUGAAUUGGAAACAGAGGAUGGGCUACGAGAGAGUCCUUGAAAGAUCGCCCACCUGUCCUGAGGACCUGUCUAGGCCUGAGUCGUCUCUCCCUGUUUGCCCUUCAGUUCAUGUACACAGUAGCCUUGAACUUGGCUGUAGGUGUGGGAUCCCUGUAAUGUAAUGGCCUUCUAAGCACUGCAAGGGGGCAGUCACUCACACACAGAUAUGGCCUGGUAGGCCCUCCACUUAGCAAGCAGGAGGUGCUGUCACCUCACCACAUAUAUGACACCUAUGCCCUAUGCUGUUCUCCAUCUCCAGUUUCUUACCAGUGGUCCAGAUGGUUAACAAUCCAUCUACAACGUGGGCUAGGCUUAUUUGCAUUCAAGUAUAGAGGUGUUUCUUUUUUUAAUGGAAAUGGUUGGGAAGCCACAACUGUAUGUUUAACAUGUCAUCCUGCCCCUGUCCUCCACUCCCAGUUAUAAAAAGACCAUUCUUUUUAAAGACAGUUUUGGACUAACAAAGCCUGUUUUGUCAAGGAGGAAAAUCAGAAUAGUUAUUUGUGAUAAAUCUUUGUACAAGGGCAACAGGUGUGGUCCUCUGAUAACUUCAUUAAGAAAAGGUAAAUUUGCAAGUUGACACUAAAAGUGUGUGCCCUAGAGAACUGAGGUAGAAUUCCUUACUGGUAGCCAUGUGCUACCAUUGCAUUGGCUUUUCAGGUUUCUGACCAUACAUACAAAAUGGGUAUGAAUGAAGCCAUCGCUUGACUAGCAGUCCCUUUUCAGAACUAUACAGCAUGGACAGCUCCUGUGAGCCAGAGGUCUGGGUUCUCCUUACUGCACUGGCCAGUAUUUACCUCCAUGUGACUUAUUUUACUUUUAAAUAUUUUAAGAGUUGACUUGUACCACAGCUAGACUUUGAUGUCAGUGUGAGCCAUUUGCAAAUCCGUCUUGUGUUAGGCAAGCAGGAUUGCGCUGGAGUGGGAAGCUAGGAAAGAGGCACAGCUGCUUGAGACCGUGCUGUGCCAGAAGCAGGGCUGCAAUGGCUGCAGUGGUGCAGUCAGCUCUGGGUACUGCACCCUUGCAUGCCUGUGGGUUGGUGCUUUCCAGCUGCCUGUCUUGUGGCAGGUGCCAGAUGCUUGCUGUUGCAAAUGCUGUCAUUUCUAGAAGAGAAUACUUGCAGAGUAAUUUUUAAGGCCAUGUCAACUGCAUCUAUAUAUAAUAAUUUUCCUGGCCCUCUUUCAUUUGUGAAUCAAGGCAAGAAUAGAACCGCUGCAGGUGGCACCUUUCUAAUCCCAGCACUUGGAAGGCUGAGGCAGGAGGAUUUAAGUUUGAGGCCAUUCUGAGCUAUGAAAUACAGUGGGUUCCUGGCAGCCUACCUACAGAGUGAGGCUAAGACUCUAGCAGGGUGUGUGGGCCCUGCUGAAGCACUGGAAGGUGACCACUGUUCUCUAUCUCCAGUUGCCCUGCCUUCUCUUCCUUUCUCCUUCUUUGACCUGUGGCAGAAGGCCAGGCACCAGUCAGCAGUCCCGAUUCUGCUCGUGGGUUUGCCCACGGGUACUUCUAAGCUCAGGUCCACUCUUGACCUAGUUUUUGGCUCAUUGAGGAGUGGAGCACACCAAGGCUGUCUUUCUGAAGGCCUGGUUUAUGUGAAUUUCAAAGAAGAAAUUGCCUGGAUUCCUUGGGGCUGCUCAGUCACCAGCCCCAUCUAUCGCUCUGCCACAGCCCAGGUUUUCUCCUAUUAUUUUUUUUCUCAGCCAUGUGUGAAGUCCCCAACUUUUCAGCUGAUCCGUAAGAAAAACCAUCUAGAUUUUUUUUUUUCCUUUGUAGUUGUUAAAAAGUGAUUCCCACUGGUGCGGACCAUUCUUAAUUAAGGCUUCUGUGCACAGAGGUGUGGGAAAAAAUAUUUGGUCAGGGAGAGUUCUGCUGCACCCCCGUUGUGCCUGUCUUGUUGAUGAAUACUCUGCAUUCCUGAGUCAUAACUCCUGUAUUCCAGAACCUUUGCCAUUUUCUGUCUCCCACGAAAACAGCAGUCAUCACCGCUUUUGACAAGCUUGCAUUUAGUAUUGAUUUAUAAAUAGAGAUUAUCUAAAUAUCAGCUUUAAAAGCAAACCUUGGUAUUGUUCCACUUUCCAAGGGUCGUUUAUUAAAGCAAACACUACAGUUUCCUAAACUCAAGAACUCAGUUAAACACGGGUGCGGUAACACUGAGUUGGGGUUUUAUGGCAUAGCACUGUCUCUACCCUUCCUUUGGAUGCAGUGAAUAAAUACAGCAGCUACACUCAGGAAACUGGGUCAGUGUGAUGCUGAGUUGCCUGAAUGACCAUGGCUCUAAAACCUCUGGUGAAGAAGAUGGAGGCACAAUUCAUGAGCAAGUGAAGCCAAGGGGGAGUCAGGAAUCACGUGACCCCUUGGGUCCCCUCAUGCCCACAGUCUCUGCUUACAUCUGAGGGGGAUUUCACAGUGUAGGCCACAGACUCUGUGGGAAAGUCUCAGAGGCUGUGUCCCCCUCCUUUAUCAGCAGUGCAAGGAUGCUUAAGCUUAAGUCCAUAAUUUUUUGAAAAUCAGAAAACUGGAGUUACUUGAUCAAAGAAACUGGAAACUUCUUUGUUGGCAGGACUUUACAGUGACAUCAGUAAUUUUUUAUUUUAUGCAAUGAAGAGAAAAGCAGAAAUAUAAAUCCAAAUGGUCUUAACACACAUUUAUUUUAAGGAAAAGUUAGAAUGUCAAAAGACAAAACUUGAGUGUAAUCUUUUCACCAAAUAUGGGAAGAUGGUAGCAGAUAGUCAUCUGAAAAUUCUAAAUCCAGGGUCUAAAACUUUCUGAAUUUGAGACCUGACACAGUUGGGUCUUACUGCUGCAUAUCAUUUUUGAAAAAUGAGAUUUAGUGGGAUUUUACCCUUUGAUUUGGUCAGGAUUUGGUUUGAGUUAAUGAAGUCACAAGAAAGAUUUGACCAGAAUUUAAUCUUCCAGUGUGAAAACUGGGGCAGAGCCUUUGUCCACAUCUCAGUCCUUAUAGUGGCCACUGGGAAAGGUCUGGUUUGGGGUGGAGCCACAGUCACUGUUAAGCUUGUUUAUGGGACUUCACUGAAGCUGAGACCAGGCCAUAAAGCCUGUCAGAGCAGAUGCUAGUGAUAACUGUGAGACCGGGGAUCACUCUAGUCCCCACCCCUACCUGAUUCUGGAAGCUUUGACCUUCACCAACAGAUGAUGCCAUUGGGCACAUCUGGUACAGAUUAUAGUAGCGGUUCUCUUUGAGUCUCAGAUGGCUUCCUUGCAGUGUUGGCCCGAAGACAGCGUUCGCUCCAGAGCUGGAACAUCCAUCAUCUUAGAGAGUGUGACAAGACUGCUUUCUCCAUGUGUGUUUAUUGGCAGAUGGUACAGUGUGCAAAAUGUCCUUUCUAUGUAAGUUUCCAAAUUUUUAUUCUAAUAAAUUUGGUUCUGCUCUCA